AUGUGGCUUAUUUGGAAGGAAAGAUGUGAUAGAGUUUUUGAACAUAAAACUAUAAAUAGUAUUGCCUUAAGCUUGGAAAUUCAGAGGCAUAUUGAUUUUUGGUCAACAAAGAUAUUUAAGGUUGCGAAAAAAACACAGAAAAAGAAGAAUAAAAAUCCUUGGAGUGCUCCAAAUCUGGGUACUCCGAAAUUUAAUGUAGAUGCCACUUGGUUGUCUGAGAGUUUACCUUCAACUUAUGCCUUGAUUUUGAGAAAUGCAGCAGGUGAAGGAGAAAGUGCAGGACAAGCAGCUGGUCUCGACCCACAAGAAGCAGAAGCUAUAGGAAUCUGGCAGACAACAGUUUGGGCUAAGGAUCAUCAGAUACAAAACUUUAGCAUUGAAGUUGAUUGUGAAAGCCUUUUCAACUUCAUUAAUGGAAAAACAGUAAAUAUUUCUUGGAGAGCCAUAGCUUAUAUGCUGGAAGCUCACAGAUUAGCAAAACUUUGUAAUAACUUUUUGGGUUUCUUCUUUGUUCCUAGACUAGGUAACCAAUUAGCUGACAGUAUAGCUAAGUCCAUUAACAAUAGAAGAUAUUUCUUACAAGAACCUAAUACUGCUCAGCUUGGUCCUUUAGAUGGAAUGCAUAUCUCUUAUUUUACUGCUACAGAUUCUCAAUUCGAUUCCUAA